AUGAACGCAUUCCGUGAUGACCAUGCCACCAGCUCAUCCUCAGACGAAUAUGAUCUUCUAUUUGCAGCUGUUGUGGCCCUAUUGUUCAGUCCAAAUGCAGAAGCAUUCGGAGGUUGGGAAGGAAGUGUCCAUGAUGCUCGUGUUUUGGAUGGGGCUCUAACGGAUUCAAAUCAUUUCCCAAUGCCCCUUCUCAGGCAUUCUGCUCUACGUAAUGUCAUAGAGCGAACAUUUGGUGCCCUUAAGAGGAGAUUUGCUAUCUUGCGGGGCACCAUACCCAACUACAUGAUGACUACUCAGAUAAACGUUGUUAUUGCCUAUUGUACUGUGCACAAUUUCAUUAGAGAUCAGCAGCCAAAUGACCUUUACUUUGCAAAUUCUGAUAUGGGAGAUCCAGAUAUUGACGAUGCAAUUCCCCCCUAUCCGGAGAUACAGCCACUACAUUCCCCUCCCGAAGUGAUUGACCAAUCAAUUGGCAUGAGAGAUGCAAUGGUCGCUCAUAUAUUCAAUACCUAUAGAAAUACACGCUAUCAUUAA